CCCGGCAGUAAGAAAGCAGUCGCCAUAUGCGCCCAUUCAACAUAGCAUAGAUUUGCGUUAUAAACAAAAUAACUUUUGGGGGUUCUCAUGCGCUUACAAUAAUGUUUUGAUUCUUGUUUGAACAGUCGCUAAGAUUAUAUUUGGUUGUGAUCUUUGCAAAAUAAUUUUUGAAUGCAGCAGUUGUUAGCUAGAAUGAUAAAGCUCAUUGAUAUAGGCUAUAGCAAAAGUGUUUAAGAAUAGUGCAGUUGAUUUGCGAUGAUGACAUAAACAUCAUAUUAAGCUUGUAAUCCAAAAGUAGUUUGAAAAGCACUCAAACUUUUUCUCAGAAAGUACCUCACUAUUCCCAGCUCGUUGUUUCCAGUGGAGUCAUCUGUUGGCUGCUCCAAUGAGCUUCAGCAGCCACAGGAAUGUCUAGUUUGCAUUCCAAACACACAUCAUCAGCCCUCAAAUUAAGUGGACACUUCUGAUGACGUGUCAGGCACGUUUACACUUGCAGGGCGAGGGAGGAAGGAAUUCAUUUUAAAUGUACCGCCCUUUCCCGGAAAUUCGUCCCUCGUUCGUCCCACUACGACUGUGUUUUCAGCCACCGGUAGCUUGUGGUUGAGAAUGGGGGCAUGCUUGGCCCUCCUUUUCCUGUGGUCAUUAUAUUCACUACAGCCAAUUAUGAUUGCAUGUCUACUUAUAUUAACUAUAUUAAUAAACGCCUACUGCAUGAUAGCUAGCAAAUGAAUUAGCUUACGUUAGCCUGCCUAGCUACUUCUGAAGAAGGUACAUUUUUUAUUUCUACAAUUUCCAAAAGCUAACCAAACAAAUACAUAACUUUUACGAGACAUGUUUGUGCAUUACUAGCACAAUUUCUAACUUAUUUACAUUAAUUUUUAUUUACACCUGUAUGUUGACACCAUAUUGAUGUUGAGGUUUUAAGUUUUGGCAGACUUUUCUUAGCGGAUGUACAAUCAUUGUGAAUUGAAUUAUGGGGCGUUUCAGGCCCGAUGUGAACAUAAUUGUACACUCGCAAACUCCAUUAAAAACGAGGCCUGAGGGACUUACAUUGCAAACUUCCUUUGCGUGGCUAAUCAUUUGGACCGACGACAAAUAUGGCCGCGGGGAUUCCCCCAGGGGCAUAAAGGGAGGGUAAGUGGACGAGGGUGUGUCUUUUCAGUUUGAAACGCAGCCCUGUGCGAUGUCGACGUAAAUGGAGAGUGCAGGAAACACGUAUUCCUCCGGGCUGAUGGAAUUCUUCCCUUUGCCGAUUUACAGAUGCGUGUGCCCUGUGCAAGUGGAUGUUGCAGUGCGGUCUGGUCGGGGGAUCCAGUGUGUGAUGGACCUGCGCCUGCUGUCUCGUAUCGAUGAGGAGCUGGACUCCUCCGAGGUGGCUGCCCUGUGCUUCCUGUGCAGAGAUGUGCUCAAUAGGAAACGCCUGGAGACGGUGGAGGAUGGGCGUGGCCUCUUCAUGAGGCUGCAGGAGAAAAGCCUGCUGGAGGACCACUACUUCCUGUCCCAACUCCUCUCUGUCAUUGGUCGACUGGACCUUCUCCGCCUCCUGGAGACAGACGGCAGACAGCCGGAGCAAACGGCCCACACCCAGACAGACGCAUGCCCUCCCCUCUCACAGUACAGGAGGAUGUUGUAUAAGGUCUCAGAAGAUGUAACUAAGGAGAAUCUCACUAAGAUUAAGUUUUUGCUGAGUGACAAACUUCCCAGAGGACGACUGGAUCCCUGCACUACGGCCCUGGAGGUGCUGUGUGAGAUGGAGAGGCAGGAUCUGCUGACAGAGGACAGACUGGAUGAGCUACAGAGGAUACUGGAGGAGUGUGACACACAGCUGGCCCACACAGUACAGCAGCAUAGAGAAGCAAGGGGCAGUGUGUCACGGCAGGAGUACUCUGUUCAGCCAAUCAGCAACCAGGAACAGCAACUCAGCUCCCCUCAGUCACUACAGAGCCUGUCUAUAUCAGAGACACGGCCCAGCUGUGAGCAUGGGCAACGCACAAGGUUGUCCUCCGAUGCAAUGACGGAAACUCAGCCUGGGUCUGGGCCUGACCAGGUGACCACUUCACCAAUGCAAUCCUGGAAGACCUCUGAGAUGGAGCACUAUUCCAUGACCUGUAAUCCUCGGGGGACGUGCUUAAUCAUCAAUAACCACCACUUCAUGGGAUUUUCAGGUCUGACAGACAGACCAGGAACUGAGCAGGACGAGAAGGCUCUGCAUAAUGUGUUCUCCAGGUUGGGGUUUAAAGUGGAAGUGUGUAGCGACCUGACAGAGAAGACCAUGUUGGGGGCGGUAGAGGAGCUUGGAGGGCGGAGUCACAUACAGGCAGAUGCUCUGGUGGUGUGUGUGCUGUCCCAUGGGGAGAAGGGUUGUGUGCUUGGGACAGAUGGGGGGGAGGUGCCCAUUAGCUCCCUCACACAACCCUUCACCAGCAAGCAGUGCCCUUCUCUGAUGGGCAAACCCAAACUGUUCUUCAUCCAGGCCUGCCAGGGGAAGGGCUUCCAGCGAGGGGCCCUAUUACUCCCCUCCAUAAGGCAGAGAGAGGGGCGAUAUGAGGCAGACGCCGGCGCCAUCGAGUCCAUCCCCUGGCAUGCAGACUUCCUGAUCGGUAUGGCAACAGUGGAGGAGUGCAAGUCAUUCCGAAACACUAAGGAAGGUUCCAUCUACAUCCAGGAGCUCUGCAAACAGCUGGAGUGGGGAGCGGACAGAGGGGAGGAUAUUCUGUCGGUGCUGACGCGUGUGAAUCGUGAGGUCAGCAGAGGAGUGUAUAGAGACUCCAAACAGAUGCCCGAGCCCAAGUACACCCUCACCAAGAAACUCUUCCUCCCCUACUUCUGAAACACCUCUGGUUGGCUGACCAAUCAACUUCAGAAUGGCUGUCAUGUCUGAACAGUGAGCUGUCACUCUCAGGAACCCUACCACAGCAGCCUCUACCUCCCAUAAGACAGUGUGUUGAACAUUGGUUGGCAUGUCUGAUUUCCUGAAAGAUGUUUCAAACUCAUGAGAUUAAUACAUUUUUCCAUUAAAUGCUGGAAAUUGUGGAACGUUUACUUUAUCUGUAAUGUGUUCUGGAGAUGAUCAGUAAAAUGGGUGUAUUUUUCUAUUGGCCAUGUUUCACAUUUUUAAAGUUCAACAAAAUGUCUCUAAUUCUGAGGAGAAUACGAUUUAAUAAGACUUCAGCAACCAACUGUUGAUUAAGAUAUUUAUUUUCAGGUAUAAAAUAUGUUAAGGUGAAAGGCAGGUAAGAACAUGAUUGUAAAAAUAACCCAAAUAAGGAAAGAAGAUUAAAUCACAACAUGCAAUAAAGUCAAGCUUAAGCAAUG